GUUUGUGUUAUUUGAGUUAACAAAAACAAACACAUUUUAACAUUAAAAACAUCAUAACAUGUCCCAUCGUUUAUUCUCUUCAAUCGAGGAACCAAAACUUUGAGCUUACUCACAUCACUACCAUUCAUCCUUUCUCAUCAUGAAUCAUUAUUCAUCAUCAAAAUCCUCUCUUUCUCUCUUCCAUUAUCAACCUUCAUCCAUCUACUGAGUUUUUCACUCUCUCAACUCCUCACACAAAUCAGGUGUUAUAGGUUAGGCUUGUAGCAUUGUCACAAUGAUAAAGCAAAUUCUUAGCAAAUUGCCUAAGAAGUUACCGAAAUCGGACUCAUCAGAUUCUGCAAAGAGUGAUUCUGGAAAUAGUACUACUAGUUUCGGAAACGUGUUUCAGUGCACGAAUGUUGGAAGUACAAUUUCAAGUAAAUUAAAUGUUGUGAAAAGGGUAUCUUCUGUUGUUUUUCCUGCAAGUGUGAAUUCUGGAGUGGAGGCGGUUGAUCCUUCUCUAUCGUUCAAAGAUGUUUCGAAUACGCAGAAACAAAGCCUUUUUAUCAGUAAGUUGAACCUUUGCUGCAAAGUUUAUGAUAUGAGCGAUCCUGAUAAGAACUGUAGUGAGCAAGAUGUUAAACGCCAAACGUUGUUAGACCUCGUUGAUUUUGUUUCGUCUGGUUCUGUUAAGUUUACGGAACCAGCAAUUGCGGCGCUGUGUAAAAUGUGUGCGGCAAAUUUGUUCAGGGUUUUUCCACCUAAGUUUCGUUCGAGUAGCGGUGGUGGAGAAACAGAAGACGAAGAACCAAUGUUUGAUCCUGCUUGGUCUCACCUUCAAGUUGUUUAUGAUCUACUCCUUCAGUUCAUCAAUUAUAACUCUCUUGAUGUGAAGCUUGCGAAAUCGCACGUAGAUCAUGCUUUUGUUUUAAGAUUACUCGACCUUUUUGAUUCCGAGGACCCUAGAGAAAGAGAUUGUUUGAAAACAGUUCUGCAUAGAAUCUAUGGGAAAUUCAUGGUUCAUAGGCCGUUUAUAAGGAAAUCGGUUAGCAAUAUUAUCUACCGGUUUGUUUUUGAGACCGAGCGGCAUAGUGGAAUUGCCGAGCUAUUAGAGAUUUUCGGGAGCGUUAUCAGUGGAUUUGCCAUGCCGUUGAAGGAAGAACACAAAAUAUUUUUGUGGAAGGCUUUAAUUCCAUUGCACAAACCUAAAUCUAUCGGAAUUUACCAUCAGCAGUUAACAUAUUGCAUUGUACAGUUCAUAGAUAAGGAUCAAAGAUUGGUUAGCUCGGUGAUAAAGGGACUGUUAAAGUACUGGCCGGUUACGAAUAGCCAAAAGGAGCUCAUGUUCAUGAGUGAGUUGGAAGAGGUUUUGGAAAUGACUAGCAUGGAUGAAUUCAAGAAGAUUAUGGUGCCGCUGUUUCGACGACUGGCUUGCUGCCUUACUAGCUCCCAUUAUCAGGUGGCGGAACGAGCACAUUUGCUAUGGAACAACGAGCACAUUCUGAAUCUUAUAACUCAAAACCGACAAGUGAUUCUGCCUCUCGUCUUCUCAGCACUUGUACAUAACUCACAGAAUCACUGGAAUCAAGCAGUGCUGAACCUAACUCAGAACAUACGCAAAAUGCUAUCUCAGAUGGACGAGGAACUCGUACUCGCCUGCCAACGCAAGAUCGAAGAGGAAGAUUCAAAGUCAAGCGACGUAGCUGAGAGACGAAGAAUAACAUGGGAGCGUCUAGAAGAAGCCGCAACCGGCGUCCAAUCCAUAAGCAACGGCGGUGACAUCUUACUCCAAGUAAAACCAACUACUGCUACAUGCUCAGUAGCAUGCUAAUUGAAAAUUUCUGAGUCAUGUUGUUGAAUGAUUUGUAAGAGGUUGUUUGUUCUAAUUUACAUAGUGGCUUUUCUAUCAUGAUAUCAAUAUCAUCAUCUAGUAGAAACAACAAACAACAAACAAAAAACAACACAAACAUGUUCAAAACUUGUGUUGUUUUUGCUUAGGUGUUGCUGAGUAGGUGAUAUUUUGUUUUUUGUUUUGGAGGAUUCAUGAGGAAACAUGUUACAGUGUUUAUCUGUCGGUGGUUCAUUCGUGCAUGAAAUGCAAUUAUAUGAUGAUGCAGUGUCAGUAACAGUCAGUAGCAACAAGUGUUUCAUCUUUUGUUA